UUAAUUAACAGCAGCUGUUGCUGCGUCUCCUUCUCUCUUCGCCGCCGACAGUAAAACCUAAGUUCGAAAAAAAAUGCUGAGGCCAGUCUGGAGAUCAUGGAGAAAUAAUGCUCAGAACCGCUCACUUUCCUCAUUUGUCCAACGAACUUGCGGCUUCCACUGUGGGCAGGUUCUCUUCUCCCCCAGGAGCUUCUUUGGAGUGGAAGAUUUCCUGGACGAUGAUAACAGCCGACCCUACACAUACCAAAAGGGGAAGAAAUCCAAAAACCCACAAAAGCACAUCUCGUUCAAGCAACGUACCAUAGCAUUCAUGGAGCCCUUUUCGCUCGAUGUGUUCAUAUCUAAGCGCUUCGUCUCUGCAUCUCUCACCCAUAGAGUUACGUGCAAGCAAGUGGCAGUGGCCGGAACAAACUCCAAAGACGUUAAGGCAGCUCUUCAAUCGAGGUCGGAUAUACCUGCGUGUUUAGCUGUUGGAAGAAUCUUGGCUGAGAGAGCAAGAGAGGCCGAUGUCUACACUGCAACUUACACUCCGAGGGAGAGGGACAGGUUUGAAGGGAAGAUCAGGGCGGUUGUUCAGUCUCUUAUAGAUAAUGGUAUCGAUGUUAAAGUUUAUCUCAAUUGAUAACGCCUCGUUCUGUAAUGCGCGGUACUAAUUAGAAAUAGUUCUUCCAGUUUACUGGAGAACUAUGAUAAUAGUGUCCAGUUUUUCAAUCAGGAGGAAUUUGUGUCUGAUGUGGGUGAUAUCUUGUGUACAAAAAAAACCAUUGUAUUGCUAUGGAAAACUGGAAGCUCGGCUGUACCUUGUGGGGUUAUCUCUGUAUUGCUUGCAAGGGUACACAGAGAUUAGAUUGCAGAAUUGUUGCCAUGCCUGAGAUUUUCUUGUUGUUGUUGUUGUUGUUGUUGUUGUUAUUUUGGUGGGUACCUUGCUUAUGUUGCUUGUUGGUA